AUGGCGAUGUCUUCAGCUAUGUCUUUGACUAAUGAGGAAAAUGAUAACAACAUGGAAAAAUAUUACGAAAAUUAUAUAUUAAUUGAUAUAGGUGCAAAUUUAACUCAUAAAAAAUUUCUUAAGGAUUUAGAAUCAGUUAUAACUCGUGCCAAAGAUUCAGGUGUUCAAAAAAUAAUGGUUACUGGCACUACAUUACAUAAUACCAAAGAAGCACUCAGGCUUUCUAGAAUAUAUCCCGAUUCUUUAUAUUGCACAGCUGGAAUUCAUCCUCAUGAAGCAAAGACAUGGACUGAUAGCUCAUUGCACGAUUUGAAAUCUUUAGCUCUCAAUUCUGAAUGUGUUGCAGUCGGAGAAUGUGGGUUAGAUUAUAAUAGAGAUUUUUCUCCUCCUCAAUUACAAAGAGAAGUUUUCGAAGAACAGGUAAAACUCGCAUGUGAAUUAAAUAAACCAUUAUUUGUUCACGAAAGGGAGGCUCAUGAAGAUCUUUUGAAUAUAUUAAAUAAAUAUAAAAGUAAAAUACCACCCACAGUUAUUCACUGCUUCACGGGGACAGUCGAGGAAGCAAAGAAAUAUUUAGAAAUGGGUUUUUAUAUCGGUCUCACAGGAUAUAUAUGCAAAGAAAAAUCGGACAAUGGUGUGAGAAAACUAUUGGAAGAUAACGCCAUACCUCUCGAACGAUUACUCGUCGAAACUGACGCACCUUUUAUGUACCCGAACGCCCAAGCAUCGAAACUACCUGCCCGGGUUAAACAGGCAGUUACGAACCGUUCAAUACAAUUUCUUAAUCGUUAUUGUACUUUUCAAAGAAACGAACCAUGUUCCUUACCUGUUAUUGUUGAAAUGAUUGCUGGAUUUAUGAAUAAAACUCCAGAAGAAGUUGCUUUAGUUACUGCAUUUAAUGCUCUGAAAAUAUUUAAUUUAUCUCAUUAA